AUGGGGCCCCUGGGCAAUAGGGGAUCAUGGGGCCCCUGUGUCCUUGCCCAAACUCAAAAAGCCUAUGAAAAAGGUACCCGAGUUUCCAAAUGAACUACUGCUACACGGCUGCACAAAAUCACAUAUCUAUACGUGAUUUUGUAUUUCCAGGUAGGGGGCGCACACCCUACCAGGGGCGGACUGACAACUCAUGGGGCCUCCGGGCAAUAGGGGAUCAUGGGGCCGCUGUGUCCUUGCCCAAAUUCAAAAAAGCCUAUGAAAUGAUACAAGGGGCAUCACAUUUGGCCCCCUACUGACCCUGGGCCUCGGGCAGUGCCCAAGUUUCCAAAUGGUCAGUCCACCCCUGCACCCUACC